UUUCCUCCUUGGCUUGAAGCCUCACACACACCCAGCCCGUUCCUGUGAACUCUGGUCCAAUUUCCUUCGUCCAUUGGACGCCACCUGUGACCUCGUUAUCUAUCAUGUAUGGUUAGACUGAAAAAAGGGGGGCGUUAGGUAAGGUUAGUGUGUGAAAGUGAGGCCACUUGAAGCUGUUAAGUUUGUAAGCUACCUUGGACGGACCGCGGACAGCCAACAUCAGCCUACUAGCCUACACUAGGCUGAACGGAUCACAUGUGAAUUUUGGACUACGCAUGACCGACACAUUUACGAGGAUCAAAGGCUACUUCAAUGCAAACUGUCUGACUGACUUAUGAAGACGUCCAGAUAUUAGCCUAAACAGCCUUUGCCCUUGCCAGGCACUGCAUUCGCAGCAUAGCACCUCAGUGUCACUCCUCGACGGUUGUUCGCAAGUUCGUGUUUGCAAACUGGACCAACCGGUCAAAGGAAUUUUGACUUGGCUUGCCAUUGGUGGAUACUGUGCCUCGUAGCCCAUUAGAAAAAAUGAAUUCCAUCACACUAAGGUUCCAGCCAGCUCUGGCCUGUGCGUGGAGAGUAAAAACAACCUCGAGCUCACGUAGGAUUCCAGCCUUGCAACUGCGCUUCUGCUACGGCGUCUCAAGCACCGACCAUCAGCCGCCUGUCAAAACAAACAUAAGACAUUAUUGCUCUAGGAUGGAUCAGGGGCAAGGGAUGUUGUUCAGACAGUUGUUUGAGUCAGUCAGUAGUACGUACACGUACCUUCUGGCGGACACAGAAACCAAGGAAGCCGUGCUGAUUGACCCCGUGCUGGAGACCGUGGACAGGGACAUCAAGCUGAUAGACGAGUUGGGCCUUUCACUGAAAAUAGCAGUGAACACUCACUGCCAUGCAGACCACAUCACAGGGACCGGUCUCCUGAAGAGAAGGCUGUUUGGAGUGAAAAGUGCCAUUUCCAAACACAGCGGCGCCGCUGCAGACAUUCUGCUCUCUGAGGGCGACAGCGUUAACUUUGGCAAACAUUGUCUGAAUGUGAGGGAGACCCCUGGCCACACAGAUGGCUGUAUGACUUUGGUGACCGGGGACCAGACUAUGGCCUUCACCGGAGACACUCUGCUCAUCAGGGGCUGCGGAAGGACAGACUUCCAGCAAGGGUGCUCAAAGAAGUUGUAUAAGUCUGUCCAUGAGAAGAUUUUCACCCUACCUGGACACUGUCUGAUCUAUCCUGCUCAUGAUUACAAAGGUCAGACUAUGUCAACAGUGGAUGAGGAGAAAAAGUACAACCCACGCCUGACCAAAACCCUGGAGGAGUUUGUGGACAUCAUGAAGAACCUCAACCUUACCAGGCCUAAAAAAAUAGAUAUUGCAGUGCCUGCAAACCUGGUUUGUGGUCUACAUGAUGUAUGAAUACAUGCAAAGGACAGAAAAGGGGAAUACCAACUAUAACAAUAGCAGGGCAUUUAGUUCAACUUUAAUAAUUUCCAUAAAAGUCAACAAGAAAUACAAAAAGUAUAAUCCAUAUGUCAUAUACACAGAUACAGUUUAAAAUCAAAGCAAACUAGAUAAUUAUAUUUACAUUACAUAUUGAGAUGUCAAACAUCUGUUAACAGGAUAAACAUGUUAAAACCAAGUUCAUGUACAAUGAAAAAACAAUACAUUCUAAAAUGUAAGGUAUCUUAUUAAUGUGUAAUUAAAACAUGAAUGAUUUUUAA